AUGCUUAUUGGAUUCAAGACCGCUACAGCCGAUGCCUUUUGCCACGGGUUUGUUACGAUUGGCGUGUAUGCCAUUCAAUGGACGCUCACCACUGCAGAAAACAAGAGCAUCGCAUCCUCCGCCUACGCCGCAACCACCGUUGUGUACACAUUCGUCCUUGCCACAUCAGGCGGCGUCGUCGGCACCAUCACGACCCUCGUCGGAGCUGCGUCCACCACGAUCACGGCCGACCUCGACUUGACCAAAGCCAACUUUACUGCCCUGAAAGAGAUCGAUGAAACUUGCUCCAACGAGAAUGUAACCGGGUUCACGCAGAGGAAGGAGUAA